AUGCGUCAAGACGGACUCGAAUCGCUACUGGCGCCCAUCCUUCCCACGGGCACACGCAUCAUAAAGGCCGUACACCUGUCCGAACUGUGGGCUGGGUACGGACACAUUUAUCGCAUCCAUGUCGAGCACGCAGCACCCUCCUCAACAUCCUCUUCCACAGAUGACGGCAUGGUCGACAAGACAUAUAUCGUGAAGACGAUUCGGCCGCCGCGCCAGAAGGGAGGCUACGACGAGGGGCACGCACGGAAGAUGCUUUCGUACCAAGUAGAGGCCAACUUUUAUCGGAAUUACGCAGACAAGGUCACUUCCGAGGAUUGCUGUGUGCCUCGCCUGCUCGCUGCAUCAUCGCUGGACGGUGGCGCGCGGUCGGAGCAAGUAGGGCAAACGUUGGUGCUCGAAGAUCUGUCGAUACGCUUCCCAGUCCUCACAGAGAAACGGGGCACGUUGAACGAUGCACAAGUCAGCAAGAGUUUAGAAUGGCUAGCGCACUUCCACGCAAGCUCAUGGAACAUCGAGUCUUGCUCCACCAGCGACUUUUGCCCGCCACCAUCGGUUGCCAUCAAAUCCGCAUGGAACGGCAGCGGGCUCUGGCAACAGGGAGGCUACCACUACCUUGCCACGCGCCAAUUCGAGCUCGCCUCCAUCGACCCCCACACCGACCCAUGGGGUCAACUCGGUCUCCACACCGCCUCCGACCUCCCCCUCGCCAUCGACUGGUGUCUCAACAAUCCCGCCGAUCGUUCCCGCCUGAGUCUGAUCCACGGCGACGUCAAAGCGGCCAACAUGGCCUUCUCCCGCAACACGUCCAAAAUGGCAAUGUACGAUUUCCAAUACGUUGGCAUCGGCCUUGGCGUUCAGGACCUGGCUAAGUUUCUCACCACCUCCAUCCCUUCGCGCUACCUUAACAGCGCAGAUGGAGAACGCCAACUGCUCAAGACGUAUCACUCGUUUUUGCUGAAAAGGCUGCCCAAAGAUGCCAAGUACGAAUUCGAAGAGCUCGUCACGGAUUGGGAGCUGGCGCUGGUAAGCUGGGUCAGGUUCUUGGCGGGUUGGAGCGGCGGGUUCUGGGGCAACGUCGAUUGGUUGCAGGAUCGAGUUGAGGCGCUGCUCCGAGAUCCAGAGUGGGUAGAAGGUGUACGAGAGCGUUGGAAAACGGCAAGACAAACCCAAGAAUGA